AUGGGUUUAAAAGUAGUGGUGAUUGGCGCGAAUGGAAGAGUUGGGCGUAUCUUAUGUGCACAAUUGAAGGCGAAUGAUAAAUUUGACACACCAUUAGCUAUCGUUCGCACAUCAGAGCAAGUUCAAUAUUUUGAAAACCAAGUAGGGGUUUAUGCAUCUCUAACAAACAUUGAAGAUUCAAACAUUGAUGAGAUUGCAGAUGUUUUGGAAGGUUAUGAUGCAGUUGUCUGGACAGCUGGUGCCGGAGGUAAAGGAAUUGAAAGGAUUUUCACAGUGGAUCUAGACGGAGCCAUGAAGGUGAUCGAGGCCUGUGAAGCAGCAGAUGUCAAGAGAUUUGUGAUGGUUUCAGCGAUUAAUGCAGAACACCGGGAGUUUUGGUGGCACACUGCUCUUAGGAACUACUACAUUGCGAAAAGGACUAGCGAUUUUGUUUUGAGACACUCGAGCUUGGAUUACACGAUCUUGCAACCUGGCUCGCUACUCUCGGGAGAGGGAACUGGCAAACUAUGCCCCGAGGACAGGGUGCAAGAAACACGUAGCAAUCACUAUCAGAUCGAGCGCGAAGACGUAGCAUCUGUGAUUGUGGAGUGUUUAGCCAAUCCAGCUAAAACUGUGAAAAAGACCAUAUCCUUGGCAAAUGGGGACCAGCCCAUUUCCGAAUUUAUACACACACUCUAG